ACGCUUCUCGCGUGGAAAUUAUGAAUCCUCAGCUGACAUGGACGGUGCAAAGGGAUGUGUUUCUAUCAAGUUCUUCAAUUACAGCCCGCGAGAUUAAUCCAGCUUUUCAUUUCUAACUUUACUCUGUUGUUGUUUAGGGUUUUCCAUCUGUACUUGCACUUAAAGGCAAUUUCACCAAGUGAUGUUUAAUGAUUAAUGAUGUUUGAGAUGAAAUAAUCACCAGAAACAUUUAAGGCUUUAUAUAUCAUACAACUUUGUCAAGAAGUCGCUUGUAAAAGGACAAACAAGUGGAAUUUGGAAGAAAACACAUGCAUUGAUUAUAGGCUACAUAGCUGCAGCGACCGCCAGCUGUCAAUCAUCGUCUUAACGAGCAAAGAACCUCUUGGAGUAAAUAUUAAUCUCGGUUCCUUUUGGAGAUGGGAAGUCGGACGCCGGUGCUGUUAGCGGUGUUGGUGAUGGUGCUGCUGCUUGUUCCUGAGAGGUGUGAAGGCAGAAAGGCCCGCGGUGGCCGGACUCACACACGCCAGACCCAGCGGGACCGGACGGAGACCACAGAGAGCUUCCCUCUGGACCUUACGGCCGUGCAGGACGGCAACGUGGACACGUUCAUGGAGCAGGUGAAGAACCUGGCUCAGUCUCUCUACCCGUGUUCGGCUCAAAAGCUGGAGGAUGAGAUGAAGUUACACUUUUUAGAGAACACCUCGGUGACCUGCAACGACGGAACACCCGCCGGGUACUACAUGAAGGAGUCACGGGGAAGCAGAAGAUGGUUGCUGUUCCUGGAAGGGGGGUGGUACUGCUUCAACAAACAAAACUGUGACACCAGGUACGACACCAUGAGGAGGCUGAUGAGCUCUACCAGGUGGCCUCAGACACGCACAGGUACAGGGAUUCUGUCUCCUCAGCCAGAGGAAAAUCCACAUUGGUGGAAUGCAAACACAGUAUUUAUCCCUUACUGCUCCAGUGACGUGUGGAGUGGAGCCUCACCAAAAACUGACCAAAAUGAUUAUGCAUUCAUGGGAUCUCUGAUCAUUCAGGAGGUUGUAAAGGAACUCCUGACAAAAGGGCUGGAUAAUGCAAAAGUCCUCCUGCUGGCUGGAAGCAGUGCUGGGGGCACAGGUGUUCUGCUGAACGUCGACCGUGUGUCUGAGCUCCUGAAAAGUCUGGGGCACAACUCCAUUCAGGUCAGAGGGCUUGCAGACUCUGGAUGGUUUCUGGACAACAAGCAGUAUCGCUGCACGGAUUGUGUUGAUACCCUUGGCUGUGCCCCAACCGAGGCAAUAAAAAGAGGCAUCAGGUACUGGGGCAGUGUUGUACCUGACCGCUGCAGACUGGCUCACACUGGAGAAGAAUGGAACUGCUUCUUUGGAUAUAAAGUCUACCCUACCCUGAAAAGUCCAGUGUUUGUGGUGCAGUGGUUGUUUGACGAGGCUCAGCUGACAGUUGAUAACAUUCACCUCACAGGGCAGCCGGUGCAGCAAGGCCAGUGGCGUUAUAUCCAGAACCUGGGCAUUGAGCUCAGAAACACUCUCAAAGAUGUUCCGGCCAUGUUCGCACCUGCAUGUUUAUCACACGAGAUUAUCACGAGAAAUUACUGGAUGGACGUGCAUGUGAAAGGCACGUCUUUGCCUCGUGCUCUGCAGUGCUGGGACCGCAGCCUCCAGAACAGCCUCCGUAACAACAGCAGCCAACGUUCUCCACCCCGUGCAUGCCCACUGCAUCUGAUUGACAGCUGCCCGUGGCCUCACUGCAACCCGACAUGCCCUACGAUCCGAGAUCAGAUGACCGGGCAGGAAAUGAGCGUCAUCCAGUUCCUCACUCAUAUGGGCUUCGACGUGCAGCGCAUGGCACAACAGCAGGGCAUGGAGGCUAGCACGCUACUGGGCAUGCUCAACAAUGGCAACUGAUCUGAGUGCACAGAAGUGGAAUGAAACGAUACACACACACACACACACACACACACACACACACACACACACACCCAGUGUAUUAGUUAAGCAGCACAAUGCUAAUUUGAACUGAAGGGUCAGCUGUAAAUGAAAGAUAUUCGCAGUCCCUUUACAAGGAUGUGGAUUCAUUAUAAAGUAAGAUGCCAUUUUCAGCCUUAAGCAUCUGUAGACAUGUGUGAUUACAAGACAAAACCGUAACAGUUUUCAGAGCGUCAGAGAAAAAGUACAAUAAUAAACCCUGUAACUCAUUUAUAGUAGAAAUCUAAGGACAGUCAAUAAAUGUCAAACUGAAUCAGCAACUCUUGGAUUCUGAAUAGAGAACUUUUUGUCUGUCGUAAUCACACAAACUCUACAUUACGGUUGAUUGUGAUCAGGAUAAGAGGGAUCUUUAUUCUUUUUCCUUUCUUUGUAUUUCUUUUCUGAGGAUAUACAGAGUCUGUUUUUUAACCGAGGAUGCAAAAUCCCCACUGAAACAUAUAUAAUAUAUAUUUGCAUAGCUAAAAUGUUUAAUGAUAAUGGGACGGGUAACACUCCAGCUCUCCAGACCUCACUGUUUCGAAGCCAUGUGGAGGUAGUUUCACUGUAAUGAUAAGCUUUUUUAAUUUUUUUUUUUAUAAAAAUGCCCCACUGGUGCCUAAUGCAAACUGCAGCAAGGGGUCUUUUCAAGCUGUCAAGCUCAUGAACAGGGUUUUUUUUUUUGUUGUUGUUGUUUUUGGACGUUGACUCUUUGAUUUUGGCUUUUGACAUGUACAGUAGGACCAUGGCAGCAUAAGACAAGGUGGACUGUUCAACAAAGAAGCCCUGUGGUGCUACAAGAACAUUUUAAUUAGGUUCAAUCAUUAUAAAUAGCACUUUUUUUAAAAACAGUUUCAUAGCAGUCUUUUACAGAACUGUAUAUAAAAUUGACCUGGUUUCCUCAAGAUGAGCUAGACUGUUAUGUAUGAAGGAAGAGACUGCUCACACCGGAAACGCUGCUCACCCGACACAAGCUCAUGGGCAUUUUUUUUAUUUUAUUUUAAGGAAAAACGUGCAUGCUAUUUUCAAAGAAUCAGUUUUUAAACUCUGUCAUAUUUUGUAACGUUCCUAAAGAGAAGAUAAGCUUAACACUGAUGAAGUUAUCUAUUUAUUUUAUUUUGUGAAUCAUAUUUAUGAGUAACAGACAGAGAAGAGAUUCUUUGUAAAAUGUACAUACCUUUUCACUUUUUUUCC